AUGGGACAACACCAAUGUAACUUCAAGCAGGAAAUUGAUGUCGCUGAUUUGCAGGAGAUGUACAAGAAAUUUGUGACUGAAUGUCCAAGUGGAGCUUUAUUUUUACACGAAUUUAAAGGCUUCUUUGGUAUCUCUGCAAAUAAUGAAGCAUCAGAGUUUGUAGAGAGCAUGUUCAAGGCUUUCGAUAGAAACGGGGAUAACACCAUUGACUUCUUGGAGUAUGUGGCUGCCCUGAAUCUUGUCCUUCGUGGGAAGCUGGAAUAUAAAUUGCGCUGGAGCUUUAAAAUAUACGAUAGAGAUGGGAACGGCUGUGUGGAUAAAAAGGAACUGAGAGAAAUCAUACAGUCCAUUUUUACCAUCAAAAAGAACUGGAAAAGGGGUGAAGACUCCCAGUUACUGAGCACUGAGGAGGUUUGUGACAGAAUCUUCCAACUUGUGGAUGAAAACGGAGAUGGCCAGCUUUCUCUGCAGGAAUUUGUUAAUGGAGCUCAGAGAGAUGAAUGGGUCCAGAAAAUGUUACAGCUGGAUACGACUCCGUGUGCCUGGGUGAUGGAGCAGCGGAGAAAAAGUGCACUCUUUUAGAAGGAGCAGUGGAGAAAAAGCGCACUCUUUUAGAAGGAGCAGUGUA